CUCAGGGCUGUCCAUGUGACAAGGGAAUCUGAGAAGAGCAGGGCAGACAGUUAAAGAGACAGAAGAGUUUCCCACAGAGCAUGGCCUCUGCCAAAGAAGAUGGCAUAGAUGAAAGAACGGUGGACAUUAAAGAAGAGGACUGUGAGCGGCUCACACUAGAGGAUGUGUGUGUGAAACUGGAAGAUCAUGAAGAAAAAAUUUCAGUUUUUAAAGAGAAGGAGGAGUGCAAGGAGGUGACUGCUGCCAUUAAAGCUGACGAUUUGAAUGAUUUCUCCAUUGGUCUUGAACUUCUAAAGCAUGAAACUGAGGAUAUUUUCAAGCAAGAUGCCUGUGAAGAAUCUCAAUCCAGUUUACAGCCCUGGUCCACUAAUACGGGACGACUGGCUACGCAGGAGAAUUCUGCAGAGCUGAAAUCAGAGUUAUUGGAGUCUGAAGAGAAAAUCACCGAGGGAAAUGGGAGAGAAGGAGAAGAGUCACCUGGGAGUGUUGGAAUAAAUUUACAGAAGAAUGGCAGCUUCUCUCCACCUUCAUUUGGUCAGCCCUCUCUUCAAUACAAUGAGAAAGAUAUGAAGAAAUCAGCAAGAGGAUCCAAGAACCUGUCAGCAGCCUUUUUACAGUUCAGUUCUCUCCCUGCUACUGGAGUAACACAGACAGAAGCCAUCAAAACUGAUCAACAGCAAGUGGAGAAACAAAUCCAAAUUCACACUGGAAAAAAAUGUUUGGAAUGUGGCAAACAAUUCACACACAGAAGUGAUCUUAAUAGGCAUAUGAAGAUUCACACAGGAGAGAAACCUCAUUGCUGUUCAGAAUGUGGUAAGUCGUUCUUAAGGAGAAGCAGUCUUCAGGACCACAAAAGAAUCCACACAGGAGAAAAACCUCAUUGCUGUUCAGGAUGUGGUAAGUCAUUCUCAUGUAUAAGCUAUCUUCAGAGGCACAGAAGAAUCCACACAGGAGAAAAACCUCAUUCUUGUCCAGAAUGUGGUAAGUCGUUCUCAAAGAGAAUCAGUCUUCAGAGGCACAGAAGAAUCCACACAGGAGAAAAAUCUCAUUGCUGUUCUGAAUGUGGUAAAUCGUUCUCAUGGAGAAGUGAUCUUCAGUUGCACAAAAAAAUUCACACAGGAGAAAAACCUCAAUGCUGUUCAGAAUGUGGUAAGUCCUUCUCAAUGAGAAGCCACCUUCAGAGGCACAGAAGAAGCCACACUGAAGAAAAAACAUAUUGGUGUCUUGAAUGUAGUAAGUCAUUCUCAAAGAAAAGCAGUCUUCAGAACCACAGAAAAAUCCACACAGCAGAAAAUCCUCAUUGCUGUCCAGAAUGUGGUAAGACGUUCUCAUGGAGAAGCCAUCUUCAGAGGCACAGAAGAAUCCACACAGGAGAGAAACCUCAUUGCUGUUCAGAAUGUGGUAAGACAUUCUCAAGGAGAUGCCAUCUUCAGACCCACAGAAAAAUCCACACAGGAGAAAAACCUUAUUGCUAUGAACAAUUUUCUGACAAAUGCAAUUUUCAAAGGCACACAGAGAUUGAUACUGGAGUGAAGCCAUAUUGCUGUUCUCAAUGUGGAAAAAGGUUUUAAACAUUAGCUCUUUUCAAGUAAACACACAAACUCCAACUAAAGUGAAAAUGCACUGUAUGUUCUUAAUGUGGCAAAUGUUAUGCAAGACAGAAAGGUCUUUAUCCACAUGCCAAAAUCCAUACUAAAGAAAAAUCUCAUUGCUUUUCUGAAUGUGAGAAACGAUUCUUAUAUUUAAGCACAUUUCAGUGCCACAUUAGAACUCAUACUGGAGAGAAACCUUAUUGUUGUCCUGAAUGUGAUAAGCAGUUCUCACAAUAAACCAUCAUAAAAAGUCACAUCAGA